AUGGCCUGCCAUACAAUACUGGCACAAAUUCAUCUCGUGUUAGAUUUGCCAUCGGACAAGCAGAACUGGGAGACCACAGGCUUUCAUAGACUCGCCUUCUGUGCUGGUCAAACUGGUUUUUUAGGUGGUGGACUCUGCGUUACACCCAAAAAUCAAAUACAAACACUUCUGCUCAACCCAUACUGGAUGAUAUGUGCAAAGUAUUUUUCAGUGUCAUCAAAAAAACGUAUUCACAACCAGGAGUUCUAA